AUGGAGCUGGAGCGGCAAGUUGCGGGAUCCAGGGUUGCGUCGUGGCGAUUCGACCUCUCAGAGCGGGGCACGACCCCAACACUGCUGGAUUCUGGGCCGUGCCUCCCAGGUUAA